AUGGACCGUGAGCUUGGUGAGUUAGGGGCUUUACGACCUUUAAAAUUUAGAAGGCCUCAUUAUCCCUGUGACGCCUUGCCGACCCCUACUGGGGGUCAGAACGCCCGGGAGCGGGGAGGAGUGGCAGAGCCAGCAUCACAGAGCAAGGUGCAGACCUUGAGGGGUGAGGUAGAUGAACUCAGUGACAAGAUGAAGGAGAAUAUGAAAGGAAUCAUUAAAAAAGGAGAAAAGGUGGUCGAUCUCCUCACCAGAUCAGAGAAUAUGAAAAAGGAGGCUGAGGACUUCAAGUAUAGGAGUAAGGAAGUGGAGAGCAAAUACUGGUGGAAGAACGUCAAGCCUAUCACGGUCAUCGUGGUGGUCGUCCUCAUCGUCAUCCUUAUCAUCAUCCUGCUGGCCACCGGAGUCAUCCCUGUCAGUGCCCCUGUGCCUCCUGUAGUCACUUCCUCCUUCAAGCCAUAA